AACAUCUCCAGCUCUUUCUUCUGCUGCUGCUUCUUUUUUUAUUCAUAUGCUACUUUAGAGUUGUAUGCUUUGAAGUUGUGGGUUUUGGUAAUUGCCUCACUGAAUCAUAGCUAGUUCACAACAUGCUGACCUAUGAGUAUGACUAAGACUAACGACUUUGGCUUUCAUCAAUCAGUGUGUAUGAGAACGUGGUUUGGUAUAGCUGUAAUUAAUUGUGAAGGAACCAAGUUGCUUGUGGUAUUGGGAUUAUUGAAAGGAACUAUAUUCGAAUCUUUAUAGGUUCUUGUCCAUUUCAAACCAUAUCCUACUAACUCCUUUCUAUCUCCGUGUUGAUUAUGGAAAGUACUGAAUGAGACAUUUGAGCCUCACGGAAACCUUGUUGUCAAUCAUAUUGGAUGUGCUAUUUGUUCUCUUUUAGAGUCCCGGUGGUUCCACUUCAAAGACCUGAUGAGAUGCAAGUUCCAAGUCCUUCCUGGAUGCAAACUACUUCAGGGUAUGAAGAUGUGGACAGUGAACUUGGUAUUCCAACAAUGAUUACUUGGAUUUAUGAUGGCAAAGAAGUAGCUGUGGAGGGAUCAUGGGAUAAUUGGAAAACAAGAAUGCCUUUGCAGAGAUCGGGGAAGGACUUCACAAUUAUGAAGGUACUGCCUUCCGGUGUUUAUCAAUUCAGAUUUAUUGUGGAUGGACAGUGGAGGUAUGCACCUGACUUGCCUUGGGCUCAAGAUGAUGCUGGGAUUACUUACAAUGUUUUAGACUUACAGGAUUAUGUUCCUGAAGACAUUGGAAGCAUUUCUGGUUUUGAACCUCCUAAAUCACCAGACUCUAGUUAUAACAACUUACAACUUAGUUCCGAAGAUUAUGCGAAGGAACCGCCAUUGGUUCCUCCAUUCUUGCAAAUGACACUUCUUAAUGUUCCUUCAACAAAUAUGGAAAUCCAACCUCCUAUAUCAAGACCUCAGCAUGUAGUGCUCAAUCAUCUGUACAUGCAGAAAGGAAAGGGCAGCCCUUCAGUAGUUGCGCUCGGUACAACUCAUCGGUUUCUCGCCAAAUAUGUCACUGUAGUGCUGUACAAGUCUUUGCAGAGGUAGACAUAAAAUGAAAAGCUUUGUGUAGCCUUUUGAAGCCUUUUUAUGAGUUAAUAUAGCUUCCUGUAGUACAGUUAUAAGGGAGAGAAAUUGUGAGCUCCAUGAGGAUCAUUGCAUUAAAGUCAUGAUUAUCUUACACAUAAUGCAAUUUCUUGCUGAUCAAUCA